AUGGCUCCCGUCCCGGAAGCCUAUUUCCCGUCCCUGGACAAGUGCUUCUCCGGGGACGUUCAGCUUCUGUCCUGGAGGAGAGCCUUCCUUCACACAUGCAAUUUCGAUAGCGGUGUCGACGAUGCCGAAACCCUCCUUGCCUUCCUCUCCCACUCCGACAGCGCCCAUGUCCUUUCGAAUGCCCUAACCACUUUCACUUUCCCUUCCGCCUCGGCGAAAUCGAAAUCGGACCUGGAAUCGAAGACGGCCGCAAUCCACGUGGAGACAACUGCCCAGGCAUCGUACGACCUGAAGGAAAUCAAAGCGGAUGCUCUCUGGCUGAGCGAUAAAGCGGGCAUCGAUGAAAUAAGCGCACUGAGAUUGACGGUUUUGGAAUGGCAGAACCGACCCGCCACGCGCCUUCUGACUCGAUUCGCCGACGAGGAGACGACUAGCCUGCAGAAUGCGGCUGGAGGGGACAACCUCCGCGUAUCCCUCGCUGGGUCUAGCUUCGCCGAAAUCUUCAACCAGAAAGCUGCCCGUGGGGACAAUGCCUCAGACUUUGUUUCCGAGAAAAAUCGGCGCCUGCGCCUGCGCAGCUUGUACUUGUCAGAGCGAAGCCACAUAGUCAAGCUAGCGCGCAAGCUACUAGGGAUAUAUCUCAGCCACACUCACGAUUCCGUUGCUCCCCAGCAGCCUUCUGAACGCCAUAUUCAAUUGUUGAAAUUGGGUGCCUCGAUAUUUGAAGGAAAGUCAAAGGGUGAGGCUUGGGCCAAGUUCAACCAAGGCUGCAUAGAAGCCAUACGGAGUCGACUGUCUUCACUGGAGGGUGACGGCGGCUGGCUAGGCGUGGCUGAGAGUACCCAGGAAGUGGAAGACCUACGAGCGACAACUGCCGUCGAGGAGAUAGUGCACAUAUUACAAAUAUUGUUCCUACAGCUGCAAGCAUCUCCAGAGGUCCCCUCUGCGGACCUACUGCUUUCUUGGCUCCGUCUGAUGGUGGACUACAGCUUUCUGGAGCCGCUCCGAGUUCCUUGUCAGGAUCCCAUGGAGCUAUUGCUGUCUUUGCAGGGCUUCGUAUCUCUAACUACUCUUUCGUUCAUGAAGCUACCGCUGUCAGUUCCCUCUAUAAUUAAAAACACUUCGAGGACCAGCCCGGCAUCCAAGACACCCUACUUUCUUAGCAGAGAGGAGAUAGGACAAAUAAACGAGAUCUUCAUGACAGCCGGCGUAGAAGCCAAAACCGCAAACCCGGCUGCGUUUUGUUGGGGCAUGAUCUUGCAUACUAUGAGGGAACUUGCGCUCAACGACAAGGAAACCCGCGAGCUAGAGCAGUUUCACAGUGCAGUCGACUCUUUCCAGUCCAACACGCCCACCAAUACCUCGCGAGCUUCGGAACUCUCCCUUUACGAGGAGUUGCUUGAAAGCGCACGCACUCCAUUUGGAACGGCAGAUGAGGCCAUUACCUUCCUGACUUCGGACGGAAUGAGGGAUGUCGUUUUUGACACCAUCCUUGCUCUGGCUACAAAGAUUGGGGCUACUUCCGCGGUUGAUGACCUCUUGACAAGCCGUUGGGUCCGAGUGGUAUUACUUGAUUUUAUUAGAAUCGCUUUGGUGUACUUGGACUACUCCCCGGAGAUCGUCGAGUCUGUCUUAGCAAUCCUCCAUGGACCACCAGCGGAGUCUCAAUGGGUUGCUGGGGGUUUACCAACCUCUUCUGGUGACCCGCGGUCAACUUUUGUGAAGGAGGAUGCCCUGAUGGACAAUAUCUUCCGGAUAGCGCGAUCUCGGUUUCCCUACGAGACCGUGCCCUUCUUGAAGCUGUGCCGCGCCUUGGUUAGCAAAGAUCUUGUCAACGAGGAAGGCCUCCCGGACGUACUCGCCGAGUUAGAGAACAUGGAAUCGUUUACGCAGGUCGUACCGUCCGGGUUCCAAGGCUACGAGACAGUUCGAGAAGACGAGAAUGCGAACUUUGUCACACUUGUUCAGUCACUGCCUAUGGUGGGUGCAUCUCCUCGAAGACAGAUUACCGAUCGGGAGAUCAGCAAUGCUCUGGUCGUGACUGGCUCGUCACAGAUACCGUCCUCAGCGGUCGGCCAAAUCGUAUCCGAGUCAAGGCCUGCAGUGAUCAUGUGGCAUCAUCGGUAUUCGUGUUUGAGCUACCUCGGAAGUUGGCUGGAGGAAUGGAAUGAGAACGGAGGUUACUCGGCAGGCUAUGGAGAAGACUCUGUUGCGGAUUCCAUCGGGCUACUGGCGGACCUUCUCGUCGCGGCCAAAGAAUCAUCACAAUCGCAAGAUGGCGACGGCUCCAACGCCAAGAGAAUUCUCGAGCUCGCAAGCGACGGGCUGUCCCGGCAAGGAGACAUUAUCUCGUUGGUGUUCGAGAUCUUUGAACGCAAUCUCCCCAAUGUUGGGCCCAGAGCCGGUUCCGAAACAGUCCUGGAGACUACAGUUGCCUGUCUGCGCUUUAUCUGCGUUCUCCUCGAUGUUCUCCCUGGCAGAGUGUGGCCGUUGCUUUCCCGCAGUGCCUUGUUGGGAUCCGAUGGCAAGGGCGGCAUCAUGACGGCCAUUGUCUCUGCUGCGGAAGUGACCUCGGGAGACUAUCCAUUCCUGCUGGGCUGUGUCCGCUUGUUCAAGGCGGUUGUUGAUGAUGUCGCUUCCCGCGCGGUGUUGAGACGGAGCCCCAACGGCUUGAAUGGAAAGAUGACCCUCGCCUCCGACUGGACCGCUGGUCUUCCCUCGCACAUGAUGCGAGGAACUGUGCUCAACUUCGUCCGCAUCAUGGUCGAGGUGUACAACAGCAAUGGCAAUUGGCGAUUCAAUGCACCGGAACAGAGGUUCGAGAUCAAUACCACACUUGCAACCGCGUUCGAGAGAAUCCUUUACUACACUUACGGCACGAAUGAAAUCGCCAAGCUUGAUACAAAAGUCACUGGGGUCUUCUCUACGUCGGCAACCUAUCUGCUAGACGUCUUGCGGCCUCAUUCAGCAGCCGAUUUGCCUUUCAACUCCAUCCUUCGCCAUAUCGUUGAAGGCCUCCAAACCCCCUCGACUCUCUUCCUCCGCCACCUGCUCCUGGUGCAAAAGCAGGUGCUCGCAACAUUAGAGCUCUCGAUUCGGCUGCUGCAGUCGGCACAGCUCUUAGAGCAGCCGUUCUCGCUACUAGAAGAUCAACUUUUCAAGGCCGCCCCCGCUCUCGUCAAGUUGUAUGCACUGGAUGAUGCCUAUCGACUUCCUGUCGUUACGAUGCUCAACGUCCUGAUUUCAGGCGCGGCCCUGGACCCGACCAAUGAGCCGCCAUCCUUGGUCGGUCAUCUGGGCGCGGAAUCGGCUUGUCUCUUCCUCGAUGUUCUGUCGCAAUUUGACAAACCGCUCAACAAUCCCAGUCUACGCUUGGCAGUCUGGAGCCUGCUGUCGACCUUUGUUAGCAAGCGCCAGCAGUGGCUGGCGGUCUACAUCCUCACAGGCACAUCGCCUCGCAACUCGUUGAAGAAAACCAGCAAGGAGAAGGACAUCGCGAUGAGGGGUACCCCCUUCUUGAAGAUCGCCCUCGAUAUGCUUUCACAUAUCGAGCAGCUCGACCUUCGAGUGGCAGUGUCGUUGCUAGAAUUCGUUUCCCAUGCACAGGAGAACUGGCCCUGGGCAACCCCCGAAUUGAAGAAGCAUCCGCAUUUCUUCACCAGCAUCGUGAACUACGUCUCCAAGCUAAAGAUAUCGUCUCUGUCCGUGGCCGACCAGAUCUUUGCUACCCGAGUUGCGGCGGUUGUGGCGGACCUUUGCGCCGUCUAUCUACACUCGGCAAAGGAAAUGCAGGACAAGGGAUUCUACAAAACGCUGAUUCCCCUGGUGUCUUGGUUUGCCAAAGACGCUGUAGAAGUGUCGGGAUACAAUGCCUCCCUCCAUGCUAACCUCAAGAAGAACUUCGAGAUGAGGUACCCUGGGUGCAAGCUCGUCGACUUCAAACGAACCUCUUUGCAGCCCCGUGAUCUAGGCAGUGAAUAUUACUAUGAUAUUCAUCUAGGCAAGCAGCUCCUGUCCUACGACUUUGCCUGGAUCGGAAGCCGGAAACAAGGGUUUUCCGAAGAAUUCCAACGGGCCAACCUCAAUUUGUCCCUGGUCGAGGCACAAGUGAGUCUUCUUCAUAGUUGGAAGUUUUUCGCCAUCGAGCAUUGCGCGGACUUCAUGACGGACCGCGAGGUUCAAAAGUCGAUGGCCAUGGUCGUGCAGAGCUGCUUAGAAUCCAACACCAGGGGUGUGCCGCAGGAAGCCAUCUUUGAGAGAAUACAGCAAACCCGGGUGGAGUUUGCCCAAGCUCUGCUCCAACGACUUGUCGGGGUGGGAGCAAGGGGUGCCGAAUUCUUUGGCCUUCUCAACGUCGUAUGGGAUUCCAUACGCAGCCGGCGGGCCACGUACGAAGAAGCCUUGAUCAAUGACGACACAGAGUACUACCGAUCUCUGCUGAACGUGCUCUUCCUCGCUCUUCAAUUCCACCUUGAUUCGCCUUCUCGCGCUGCGCCUGAGACUCUCAGUAAGAAAGCUGAGGUGUCAUCCGACCUGGGGAUCGUCGUGGAGAUUGUGAAGGUCGUCGUGGCACAGGGGUUCAAAUCUUUGACCACGUACCUCCACGAUCAACCCGACAUGUGCACCCCGAAGGACUUCGCUAUCCUCACAGCCAUUCUGCAGAGCUCGUUACAAGUGAAGAACAUCGACCGCUUGUUUGAGCACAUCGUCUACCACAUUGCCGACAACGACACCGCAAGACUGGCGACCUCGCUAUUCUCAUGGGCCGACCAGCUCGCUGUGGGAGGUGACCCCGUAUACGGCGAUCUUAGCAUGUCUCUUCUGGUCAAGAUGUCCACCAUCCCUAUGCUUGCGGAACACCUUGCCGUGGAGGUGGUUCUGGUCCGGCUCUCCACCUGCCGCCUGACGAACAUCCUGCGUGACCCCAAGGGAUUCGGUCCAUUUGACCCUGUGCCGCGGCUGUAUUCCAUCUGGACUGUGGGCAUCCUGCCUCUGUGCCUCAACCUCCUCUACCACGUCGUGCGCACUGCACCAGAGGUGGCCGCCUUCCUGAACCAAUUUGAGGGCCAGCUCCAACGGUCAGUCGGCUCCUUCGCUGCGGGCCGCACGGCCACCGCGACCCGCCGGAUUAGUCUCAGCAUGGCUUCCGAGGCCUACUCGCUCUCGCUGAUUUCCUACAUCCUGGCUCGGUUCCGCGAAGCUGGCCCCAGUAUUGGGGUCGAUGUGCAGUCAAUCCAGGAGCUCAAGUGGGACAAGGCCCAGGUCAAGGAAGACAUCGAAGAACUCCUGGAACGGAAGCAGAACCUGCGGGCGCGGAUUGUUGCCACGAGCGAAAAGGAGCUGGAGAUGGCGCGACAGAAGCCGACGAAUCCGGCGUCAGGGGCCCAGAGCCGACUGGAGGAGAAGAUUGUGAGUGAGCUGAAGGCCACACUGGUGUGCAUUGGGGGCGACGAGGCAUAAUGAUGAUGAAGGUGGUGUUUUUGUCUAUAGCUUGUUUGUUUCAGGGAUCUUGCUCAUUUCAUUUCCCACGAUUUACUUGGUCAAUGACUUAGGGG